GAAAACUUCUAUAAUCUGUUUUAGAACGGCAGUAACCACGAUGACGAGAGUGAAGUGUUCUUUUGGGAUCCACCGUCCGCGAAGAAUCGAAGUUCGAAAAGCCAGAACCACAUGCGACAAUUGCAGGAACAGUUGGCACAAGCCACCGUGAGGAUACGAGAUUUAGAAGUGGAACUUAAACGUGUUCAAAAGGUUAAUAAUUCCUCCUUGAAAGACGAAUUCACCGAUGGUCACCAAAAAGCGGAAUUCCUGAGAGCGAAGCAAGAUAUGGUGAACCGUAUAAUACAAAUGGAGGAAAAGAGCCGGGAGGCCGAGAGGAACACGAAACGCGUGCAAUCGGACGAAACAACAUUGAUCAAUGAUUUCCGUACGGUGCUGUCCAAAUUGAACUCCCUCGAGAAGCUGGAUUUAGUUCGUGGCGCGCUAAAAGCGCUGGAAACCGAGAACGAGAAGUAUUAUAGCGAGGCUAAUAAGCAAGAGAAGUCCGACUUCGAUGAAAAGUUUAAGAGGCCCGCCAGCGUGAACCACGAACCUGUCGCGUUGAAGCCUAAUUUCGACGUGAAUUCGGAGAAUCACAUAGGACAUGAUGGAUUUAUCGAGACCUCAAGCAACAGGGAGUCAGAAUUGUACAAGAAAAUCGAGGAGCUUCAGGAAGAGAAUAAGAGAUUGUUCGCCAAUAUCGAAGAACUGGAUCAGCAGCAUGAAGAAUCGAUAGAGAAGCUAUUGUCUCUGAAGGAGGAGAUCGAGAGGAAACACCAGUGCCUUCAAAAUGCCUACGAGCAGCUUUACGUAGACUACAAUCAAGCUCAAGACAAAGUGAUCCAACUAGAAGGUAAACUCCAGGAGUCCAGCGUGCCGAUGCGAACAGAAACUGUCGAUCGUUCCGUGCAAACCGACAGCGUCGAAUGCGUGGACGAGUAUAUCCAGGACGAGAGAGGUGACGAACUAACCAGGAAAGUGAAAUACAUUCUGGAGCGAUUCUCCGUGGAGAUGGAACCGGACGAGUCGAUUUUCGAAACCCUGACGCAGCAGUACAUUGACGUGAAAUGGACGAAAGACAUGAUGGAAUGGGAGAUUGAGUCGUUGCAAGAAAAGGUGAAAUGCCUCGAGGUGGAGAAUUCCGCGUUGCGCAAGAAACACUGGUUGAGAAAGAAAAAUGCGAUGAUACGAGGCCCGAACGAAACGCGAUCAAAGAGUCAGGACCAGUCGAAAUUGGAGAAUAUCCCGGAAGAUAUCGAGGACACGUUCAACACGAUGGAGAACCUGAAUCGAAGAUUGCACAUGGCGUUGGACGAGAACGAUGAGUUACGGAAGAAGAUCGAUUUGUUGGAGAACGCGAAGAAGGAUGUGCAGGAACAGCUGAGGAUGUCGUUGGAGAAGUGCAAAGGCCUGGAUGAGAACAUCGAGUUCAUCGAGGAGCUGAAACUCGAUCUCGAGAACGUGAGACGGGAGUUAAAAACGUCUAUUUCUAACGCGAAACAAUUAGAGAACAGUUUGACGCUGCUGCGAGAUUCGAAGGACGAAAUUCAACGGGAGAACGAGGAACUGUCUCGGAGGAGCGAACAGUUGGAGAUAGAGUUGUCGCAGUGGCGUGAAAGUAAUUCAGAGACGGGGAAUAACGACACGUUGAAAGAUCUGCAGAUGCAAUUAACGGAAACCAACCGCGAGAAAGAUGACUUGGAGUACGAUAUAUUAAACAUGAGAAAGGAACUGGACGAAGCGUUGAACCAAAUAGAGAUGAAGGAAAGCGUGAUAGCAAAGCUGGGUCAGGAGAACGAAAGUCUAAUGAAAGAAAAGAAUUCGCUGUUGGAACAGUUAACUGCCAUUCAAGACGAUUCCAAUGAUAAAAUAGACCUAGUAAUCACAGAAAAAUCAUUGUUGGAACAGGAACAGACCGAGCUGAAGGAAAAAAUAACGAAUAAUGAAAAGAUGUUGAACGAAACUAAGGAAUCAUUGCGAGGGAUGGAAGAAAGGUAUGCAAAACUGGAGGACGAAUUUUUCUCGAUGAAUAAGACGGCUGAGAAGCUUCAGUUGGAGAACGAAAAUUUACAGAAUGAAAUAAAGAAACACGAAGAAUUAAAGAUUAAUGAAUCGAAGCUCAACGAGUUAACUGGAAAAUUAAGUUCCAUGCAAAGCGAUUAUGCUCAAAUAGAGAAUGAAAUUGAAAUGCUACGUCUAAGGGAAAGGGAAUUGAUAAAGCUGCAAGAGAGUUUCGCCACCUUGACUGAAGAAAAUAAAACCCUGAAGAUCCAAUACGAAGAAACCAAGGACAACUGUGUAAAAUUGGAGCAAAUGGUAGCGUGUUUACAAGCGGUGAAAGAAGACUUGUCAAAUCGUGUAAAUGAAAGUGUCUGUGAUAACGAGAAGCAACAACUUGUAUCCCUUUUAGAGGAAAAGACACGAGAGAACGACAUCUUGAAAAAUGAUAAUAGUAAACUAAUGGCGGAGAUAUUCAAUUCGCAAAAGAAAUUACAAGAGGUAAUGGACAAUAACGCAGAAUCGGCUGAUAUGAGCAAAGAAACAAUAGAAAGUCUAUCUCAUCUCAUCAGAGAAAAAGACGAGGAAAUUAAUAGUCUGAAAAAUACGCUCCAUCUUGCCGAGACUGAUAAGGAGAUGUCAGAUCAUUUUGCGACGAUAAAGAACGAAAGGGAUGAACUCGUGAAACUUGUAACGAGCAAGCACAAUGAAAACGUGCAGUAUCACGACGAAAUUCAAAGGUUGUCGCACCUCUUGAACGAACAAACAUUGCAGAUUCAAAGUUUGCUAGUGAAGAAAGAUCAUAAUCUAUCCGAAUUGAAGGAGAAAGAUACUCAACUUCUGUCGAUAAAGAACGAGUUAGAGGCAAUGCAGCAACGUUUGAGAAAUGCCGAAGAAUCAAAGAACAAAGAAACUUGCAGUGUCGUCGGACAUUCAACUCUCGCGGCGGAAAUUGCGAUUCUCACUGAAAGAUGUAGCGUGUUAGAAGGAGCACUAAUUCAAGAGCAGUCGAACAGUAGACUGUUGCAGGAUCAAUUUAAUAAAAGUCAAAGUAAAGAUACUUCGACAUGUAGCAUCGUGGAACACUCAACGUUAACAGGCGACAUUGCGAUUCUCAUGGAGAAGUGUAACGCGUUCGAGGCAGCGUUAAUUCAGGAGCAAUCGAAUAAUAGAAUAUUACAGAAUCAACUUAAUGAAAGCCAGAACAAAGAAACUGUGACAUGUGGUAUCGGCGAACACUCAACGCUAGUAGCGGAAAUUGCGAUCGUCAUGGAAAAGUGUAACGCGUUAGAGACAGCAUUAAUUCAGGAGCAGUCGAACAACAGAAUGUUGCAGAAUCAACUUAAUGAAAGCCAAAGCAAGGAAGCGACUGCCGCGAAGGAGUUAGAAAGGUUACGAACGCAUUUAGUCGAAAUGGAAUCGAGCUACACGGAAGAUGCUUUACUUGCGGAGGAAGCGCGAAAAGAAUUAGAGGGGAAACUACAGCAGGCUGAAGAAAAAGUAAAGAGCAGUUCAAAUGCAUACACAUCCGCAAAUAUAAGAGCGAAUCAGCAAGUAGAAACGUUGCAGCAACAAAUAGCAUUGAUUAUUCAACAAAGGGACGAUAUACAGAAUAAAUUAUCUACCGCUGAAGAUAAAAUUCUGUCACAAACUGCAUCCUUGACUAACUUGCAGAUUGUCUUGGAACAAUUCCAACGAGAUAAGGAAAAAGAUAUCCUAGCAGCGACUGAGAGAAUUCAAUCUAAAUUAAACGAAUCCUAUAAAAAACAAGAGGAGUUGGGCAAUGAUGUAGCAAUUCUUAAGGAGCAAUUAACUGAAGCUAAAGAAUGCUUACAAGCAGCAUCCAGAUUAAGUGAACAACUCGAUAAAAAAACAGAACGUAUCGAACAGCUGAGCCAAGAAGUGGACCGGUUAACAAAUCUUGUAAAUACUGCUGAUCGCAGAAUAGAAGAGGCACAACAAAGUGGAGAGGGAAAAGUUGAUAAAACUCUCGUUAAAAAUCUUUUAUUGGGUUACCUGUCUUCGUCGGCAGCAGAUAAAUCUUCGGUCCUCAGAGUGUUCUCCACGGUUUUGGAUUUCAAUGAAAUAGAGAAGGAUAAAGCGGGAUUGAACAACGUAGUCGGGCAAAAUAGUUGGUUUUCUCGUUUAAGUGGCGGAUCUAUCGUUCCUAAUAAGGAUCAGGAGGCGUCAUUGUCAGCAGCAUUCAUUAGAUUUCUAGAAAACGAAUCGAAACCUAAGCCACAAUUACCAGCAUUGCCAAUUCAAACAUCGCCGUUACCACGACCCGGACACAGUAGACAACAUUCUACGUCCUCAACACAAUCUACUUCGUUACUUUCCAAUGUAAAUUUACCAACAUUCCCGGACUUUAUUCCAGCCAGAAAUACAGGAUCUAUUUUGAAAGAAGUACUGAAGGACAGCUGAUAUUAACAAUUCCUAUAUAUUUUUCUUUGUAAAUUGUAAGACUGUAGUGGAAAGCAAUGUUUAAGGGAAAUUUGUUUGUUGAAUUUCACUUAAUAAGAGUAAACAAAGGAAAUGAUUAUGAAAUUAAUUUUACCAUGCUUUUAUAAGAGAAAAAACGAUGUUUAUAAUAAAUCAUAUUAAUGAAUUGUUAAAUACAAUACAUUACAACACAUUGCUUCCUUAACAUCGAUUUUUCAUCAUAAAGGAAAUAACUUAAAUAUUUGUAAAAAGUUUUACUUGAUAAAAUCUAAUAAAAAUAAUAAAACAUGUAAUAUUUCAUGGUGCUUACGGGAGAAAUGUUUAACGUCAAUCCGAAAAUUCAAUUUUCAAUUGACAAUAAUUAAAUAAUGUAAAUUGAUAAAAGAUAUGUUACAAUAA